GAUGGAGAUUUUGUCAAUGAUUGGGAUACUUGGAUGAAUAAGAAGAAUAUGAUAACAGUGCCAACUAGCCACGAUGAGGUUGAUUGCAUAAAUGAAAUAUCACUGACUAAAAUUGAUCCUAUGGAUGAAACAUUUCUUGACCAUCACAUAGCCCAGCAUAUUUUGGCAUUAGAAGAAGAUAUUGAAGAAGAGGAACAAUAUCUACUAUUCAAUCUAAUAGAUAAAAUAUCACAAGUAAAUUUGAUAACUAUCACAAUUAUAUUAUUACUUAGAUUGCGAAAAAAUGUCAAGAAGUUUAUCAGAAGUACACAAAUCAAAAAAUGGUUAGACAAAGUAGAUCUUUCUAUAGCAAUGAGGGAUGUUCUUCUUAAAGAAGGCUUUGAAAAUAAUGGUGUAGAUAUCGAAGAAUAUCGUAAGCUAUUUACCCUAGGUGUUCAUUCAUAUG